CCCCGCCGACCCCCCGCCGCUCCCCGGUAGCCCCCGGACCCUUAGCAGCCCCACUCCCGGGGCGGGUCCCUCCCGCUCGGUUCAAGCCCGAAGCGGCUAUGGCCCUCACCAUCCCCGGUCAGCCGCCGCCGGCGGACCCCCCGCCGUACCCCCCAAACCCGACCCAGCCUUGGUGCCCCCUCCUCCUCCUCCUCCUCCUCCUCCCGCCGUGCCCCCCAAACCCGACCCGGCCUCGCUGCCACCCCCCCCUGCCGUGCCCCCUAAACCCGACCCGGCCUCCUUGCCCUCCCCCGCCGCCGUGCCCCCUCCUAAACCCGAGCCGCCCUCGCUGCCGCCCCCCCGCCGUGCCCCCCAAACCCGACCCCUCCUUGCUGCCCCCCAAACCAGAGUCUCUCGCCCGGGGUGCCAAGGGCACCUUGGAGCCACCGGGGGAAGGGGGUCGGUCGCCCCCGGAGUGCCCCCAACCCGCAGCCGCCCCCCGCCGCCCGCUGCUGUGCCAGGCGAGCUGGGCUCACCCAGAGGCUCCCCCGGACGGGGCACGACCCCCGCUGCAGCCGGUGCCCACCGUGUCCUCCCCGCAUCCAUCCGCGGGCGCUCGCCGGCUGCGCCUGGCAGGUGCCAAACCCAGCAAGACGGUGACCACCAGCGGGGCCAAGCCUGGCAAAGGUGCCCCCAAAACCGUGGGCACUCGACUGUCCUGGCCCGAGGGCGAAGGCAAGAGCCGCCCCAAAGCCGGGGGCAAAGCGGGCACCGAGGCGGGUGCCAGGCAGCCUGCCCGGGCUCGGCUCUCCCCGCACAAGGGCAAAAGCAAGACCCUGGAUUACAGCGACCUGCAGCCGGGGGGGUUGGCACCUGUGCCCCCCGCCACGGAAACGGGGCUGAAGCGGGGGCGGGAGGGGGGCAGAGCCUCCACCCGCGACCGCAAGAUGCUUAAGUUCAUCAGUGGCAUCUUCACCAAGAGCCCUGCUGCCACCCCCACCCACCCCGCGCCAGCCUGGGCACCCCCUGGCACCGACCCGGCCCAAGGGGCAUCCCCCCAGGCCUUGGUCAACAGCCAGGAAUGGACCCUGGGCCGCUCCGUCCCCGAGAUCCGCCUGGGCAUCCUGGGCAGCAGCAAGAGUGGAAAGUCUGCCCUCGUCCACCGCUUCCUCACCGGCUCCUACGUGGGCAUGGAGCCCACCGAGAGUGGGCAGUUCAAGCGCGAGGUGACGGUGGAUGGGCAGAGCCACCUGCUGCUCAUCCGGGAGGAAGGCGGUGCCCCCGAUGCCAAGUUUGCCAGCUGGGCAGACGCUGUCAUCUUCGUCUUCAGCCUGGAGAACGAGAGCAGCUUCCAGGAGGUGACCCAGCUGCAUGCCCUGCUCAGCGGCUACCGCGCUGCCAGCGAGGUGGCCCUGGCACUGGUGGGCACCCAAGACAAGAUCAGCUCCUCCAACCCGCGGGUGGUCGAGGAUGCCCGGGCACAGGCGCUCUGCGGGCACAUGAAGCGCUGCCUCUACUACGAGACCUGUGCCACCUACGGCCUCAACGUCGACAGAGUCUUCACUGAGGUUGCCCAGAAGGUGGUGGCUCUGAAGAAGCAGCAGCAGCUGAUGGCAUCCUGCAAGUCCCUGCCCAGCACCCCCAGCCACUCGGCUGCAUCCACCCCCGUGGGUGGCAUCCACACUGGCCAGGCCAGCAACGGAGGCCACACCAGCGACUACUCCUCCUCGCUGCCCUCCACCCCCAACGUCAGCCACCGGGAGCUGCGCAGCGAGACCCCGGCCCCGCUGGGCACACCCAGCUCCCUGCACCGCGGUGCCAAGCGCCGCACCAGCCUCUUCGCCACUCGCCGGGGCAGCGACUCGGAGAAGCGGAGCUUGGACAGCCGCGGGGAGGGGGCAGGCAGCGGCAGAGCCAUCCCCAUCAAGCAGAGCUUCCUGCUGAAGCGCAGCGGCAACUCCCUGAACAAGGAGUGGAAGAAGAAGUAUGUGACCCUCUCCAGCAACGGACUGCUCCUCUACCACCCCAGCAUCAACGACUACAUCCACAGCACCCACGGCAAGGAGAUGGAUCUGCUCCGCACCACCGUCAAGGUGCCAGGCAAGCGCCCCCCCAGAGCCAUCUCCGCCUGCGGCCCCUCCGCCAGCAUCAAUGGGCUGGUGAAGGACAUGGGCACGGCGCCCGAGGGGGCUGCCGGAGCCUCCCCGGUGGGGCUCAGCCUCCCGCCGGAGCCGGGGCUGAAGGUCGCGGGCAAGGCUGAGCGGUCCCUGCAGCGCUGCGCCUCCGCCUCCAGCGCCAAGCUCUCCGAUGGUGCCCCCCCCUUCGAAGCCAUCUCCAGCCCUGGCAGCUCCGGCAAGGACCCUCCCCCCUCGCCCAUGCUGGACAGGAAGAAGCACCGCAGGAAGAAGCUGAUGACUCCCUCCAAGACCGAAGGCUCUGCUGGGCAGGCAGAAGCCAAACGCAAAAUGUGGAAGCUAAAAAGCUUUGGUAGUUUAAGGAAUGUUUAUAAAACAGAGGAGGAGAACUUUGAGUUCAUCAUCGUGUCCAGCACGGGGCAGACCUGGCACUUCGAGGCCAGCAGCUUCGAGGAGAGGGACGCUUGGGUGCAGGCUAUCGAGAGCCAGAUCCUGGCCAGCCUGCAGUGCUGCGAGAGCAGCAAGAACAAGGCUCGCAUGGACAGCCAGAGCGAAGCUGUUGCCAUCCAGGCCAUCCGCAAUGCCCGCGGCAACUCCCUCUGCGUCGACUGCGGAGCGCCCA